AUGACACUGCUGAAAAAGCCCACUGUGGUGUUACUGCAACAAUGUUGGAGGAAAUCCGUUACAACCUGGACCCCAUUGGCAACGGCCUUUAAUUCACCGCCAUAUAAGAAAAUCAAUUUUACACGUAAUGAAGCGGGUCUCUUUUGUAUGCCGGAGUUGAAAAACCAUGAAGGUUUCUAUUUGUUGAAAGACAAUGUCACCAAUCACACCGAACAAUUAAUACAGGAGGCCAUAUCGCCGAAUCGUCAACGGAAAAUGGUACAAAUCUUUGAUGAACUAUCCGAUUCCUUGUGUAAAGUGGCCGAUUUAUCGGAAUUUAUACGUGUGGCUCAUCCCCAGAGUAAAUAUGCCCAGGCGGCGGAGGAUGCUUGCAUCAGCAUUAGUGGUAUUGUGGAACAUUUGAAUACCCACAAAGAAUUGUUUAUGGCCUUGAGUAAUGUGGCCCAUAAUGGAGAUAUUGUGCCCACAACCGAGGUAGAUAAACAUGUCUCCAAAUUGUUCCUCUUUGAUUUUGAACAGUCUGGUAUUCAUCUGAUAGAAGAGGAGAGGGAAAAGGUGGUACGUCUGAAUGAUUAUAUUUUGCAAUUGGGUCAAAAGUUCAUGCAUGGAGCUGUACAGCCAACAGCAUUUCCACGUUUACAAGUUCCCGAAUCUAUUAGGAAUUAUUUCCCUACGGAAGGAGAUCAAAUUCUAGUAUCCGGUCUUUACACAAAUUCAACUAAUGGCUUGGCUCGGGAAGCCGCCUACAAAUUGUAUUUAUAUCCUUCGGAAAGGCAAGAGGAACUGCUUACGGAUCUUUUGAAAUGUCGUCAUGCUUUGGGUAAGAUAUGUGGCUUCCAAACAUAUGCCCAUCGUGCCCUAAACUCCAGUACUGUGGAGAGUCCUGAAAUGGUCAAGGAAUUUAUUGAUGAAUUGACGCGGGAAUUAAGGCCACGAGCUGAUGCCGAUUUUCGUGUAAUGGAAGAAAUGAAACGCAAAGAAAGUGGCGUGAAAAAUGCCACUCUUGCAGCCUGGGAUACACCCUACUUUACUUCACUCAUGAAACGGAACGCAUUGAAUGCCAACGCCAAUGAAUUUUUACCAUACUUCAGUUUAGGUGGCUGCAUGCAAGGUUUGGAUAAUUUAAUGCGUUCCCUGUAUGGUAUUAGCCUACAAAAUACCGAAAUGCAACCGGGAGAAUCAUGGCAUAAUGAUAUCUACAAGUUGUCGGUGGUACAUGAAAAGGAGGGUCUGCUCGGUUACAUCUAUUGUGAUUUCUUUGAAAGAAAUGGUAAACCAAAUCAAGAUUGUCAUUUUACCAUACAAGGUGGCAAGCGAUUAGCGGAUGGUUCAUAUCAAUUACCAAUAGUGGUGGUAAUGUUAAACCUCUCACAACCACGGUGGACGGGGCCAACACUAUUGACACCCUCCAGAGUGGAUAACUUGUUCCAUGAAAUGGGUCAUGCAAUGCAUUCGAUGUUGGCACGCACAGAAUAUCAACAUGUUACGGGUACCAGAUGCUCCACCGAUUUUGCUGAAGUGCCUUCCGUAUUGAUGGAGUAUUUUGCUAGUGAUCCCCGGGUGGUGCGUACCUUUGCCAAACAUUUCCAGACCCAUAAACCUAUGUCAGAGGAUAUGUUGCAAAGGCUGUGUGCCUCAAAGAACCUUUUCUCUGCCAGUGAAACUCAACUGCAGGUGUUCUAUUCGGCAUUGGAUCAAAUCUAUCAUGGUGAUCCAUCGAAACAGGGAGCAACUACCACAGAGACUUUGAAAAAUGUACAAAGCGAUUACUACAGUUUGCCAUAUGUAGAAAAUACGGCCUGGCAAUUACGUUUCUCCCAUUUGGUGGGCUAUGGAGCCAAAUACUAUUCCUAUUUAAUAUCGAAAACAAUUGCAUCCUGGAUAUGGCAAACCUAUUUCGAAGAUAAUCCUUUCAAUCGUGAAGCUGGUGAAAAAUAUCGUCAAGAAGUUUUGGCCCACGGUGGUGGCGUACCCUCACGACAACUGGUGGCAAACUUCCUAAAACGUGAUCUCACACCCCAAAAUCUGGCGCAAAGUCUAAUCAAUGAAAUUGACAUAAACAAUGAUAAAAUUAAGCAUAUGCUGAAAACCGAUGCUUAA